UAACCUGGUGUCAUGUGACGUCUGACCUUGUCACUGAAUCCCUGCACAGAACCCAGACUGUCUUGAGCUUUCGGGAUUGGGUGCUAUACAGUCCAGGAGCUGCCUCAAAGAAGGGUUCAUAUUGUGCUGCUUAUCUCCAGUUUUAUAAAGACAAAUUUGAGGUAAUGUUUGUUCUGUCUUUGCAGAAUUGGUUGAAGACCUAUGGUUAUUUCCUUCCCGGCGACAUCCGUACUUCGGCUGUGCGUUCUGCCCAUUCUAUGCAAGCUGCUAUUGCAGCAAUGCAGCGAUUCUACAGGCUCCCCGUCACAGGAGUACUGGAUGAGACCACCGUAGAGUGGAUGAAGAAACCUCGGUGCGGUGUCCCCGAUCAGCCUCGGGUCACUCGCAGACAGAGGAGUAAACGCUAUGCACUCACUGGCCAGAAAUGGAGGCAGAAGCACAUCACCUACAGCAUUCACAACUACACCCCAAAGGUGGGAGAGUACGAAACUCGGAGAGCCAUUCGCCGAGCAUUUGAUGUCUGGCAGAAGGUCACCCCAUUGACCUUUGAGGAAAUUCCUUAUCAUGAGAUUAAGAGUAACAGAAAGGAAGCGGACAUUAUGAUUUUCUUUGCCUCUGGUUUCCAUGGCGACAGCUCCCCGUUUGAUGGAGAAGGUGGAUUCUUGGCACAUGCUUACUUCCCAGGGCCAGGAAUUGGAGGUGAUACUCAUUUUGACUCAGACGAACCCUGGACAUUGGGCAAUUCCAAUCACGAUGGAAAUGACCUGUUCCUGGUGGCUGUGCACGAAUUAGGCCACGCCCUAGGCCUAGAACAUUCCAAUGAUCCCAGUGCUAUCAUGGCUCCCUUUUAUCAGUACAUGGAUACUGAAAACUUCAAACUACCGCAGGAUGAUUUACAGGGCAUCCAGAAAAUUUAUGGUCCCCCAACUGAGAUCCUGGAACCCACAAGGCCCUUGCCGACCAUCUCCGCUCGCAGGAUCCACUCCACCUCUGAAAGGAAACAUGACCGACAAUCCCGGCCGCCGCGGCCCCCCUCUGGGGAGAGACCUUCCUAUCCUGGCUCUAAACCCAACAUUUGCGAUGGACAUUUCAACACGGUGGCUUUGUUCCGAGGGGAAAUGUUUGUCUUCAAGGAUCGUUGGUUCUGGCGCCUUCGCAAUAACCGAGUACAGGAGGGUUACCCGAUGCAGAUCGAGCAAUUCUGGAAAGGACUCCCUACCCGUAUCGAUGCAGCGUAUGAAAGAUCAGAUGGAAAAUUUGUUUUCUUUAAAGGAGAUAAGUAUUGGGUGUUCAAGGAGGUUACAGCUGAACCUGGAUAUCCUCAUGGGUUGGUGCAAUUAGGAAAAGGCCUCCCUCGAGAAGGAAUUGACAUGGCCCUGCGCUGGGAACCUGUGGGAAAAACCUAUUUCUUCAAAGGAAACAAAUACUGGAGGUAUAAUGAGGAGAAGCAAGCAUCAGAUCCUGGCUACCCGAAACCCAUCACCAUCUGGAAGGGAAUUCCAGAGGCACCUCAGGGUGCCUUUGUGAGCAAAGAAGGAACUUAUACAUAUUUUUACAAAGGGAAGCAGUACUGGAAAUUUGACAAUCAGAAGUUGCUUGUGGAGCCUGGCUAUCCCCGCUCAAUUGUCAAGGACUGGAUGGGAUGCAAUCACAAAGAUGUCAACACGAGCAAAGACCGUCGUCGACCUAAUGACGAUGUGGACAUCAUGGUCCAGAUCAAUGAUGUGCCCAGCACAGUAAAUGCCAUCGCUGUAGUCAUCCCUUGUAUCCUGUCCCUCUGUAUCCUGGUAUUGGUUUACACCAUCUUCCAGUUCAAGCAGAAAGGGUCACAGCAGAACCUGGUGUCCUGCAAACGCUCAGUGCAAGAGUGGGUUUGAAGAUCUGAGCACAAUAGGACAGGCAUUUUUGAAAUGUCAUUGGUUCAAAUGAGGGCUAUUUGUGAAUGAGGCAGGAAUCUUCCAACCGUGGGAAAGAUGACUCGAGAGCCUAGAAUCUCUGAACCUUGGGGUAUUUGUGGUGUUUCUACCGACUGAACAAGGGAACCGACAGGGAACUGGGAGCCUCCUGCAACACACACAUCACGUCUUUACUACAAUGCCUCAUUCAUGUUUUCAGUGUGCCAUUCUGUGUAGGCCCAGUCUGUGUGUGUGCUUUAACACAUGGAUAGACCUUCUGUCAUGAAGAGGGAAAACCGCACAGGAGAAAUGAGGACAAACUCCAUAUUUUUAAUUCUUCAUUCUACAAAUCAACAUCUUCAGUGGAGUUGAACGUUUUCUUGUUUGGGAUAGAGCUACACCACAAAAUAUUCCUGGAAAACUAAUACCAUCAAAAGAAGAAAUGUUGAAUAAGAAAGGAUUUUGCUGGUCAUGAUGAGAGACCGUAUAACGUUACUUGAACAGAGAUUUUGAGUCUUAAACAAGAGUGUAAUUAUAUUACACAUUAACUGGAACAAUCGGAAUAAGUGAAAAUGUGGAUUCAUGAAUCCGCAGGGGAUUUUAAAAAUUUCAAUGUAUUUUGAAAUAAGUGGGGGCCAAAAUAUCUACAAUAGUUAAACAGCCUUAAAACAUUUUCUUUUUGUUAGUUGUUUGGUCAAGUCUUUGAAUGUCAACAUUAACGAGUCCUUGUGAACCUUCAUCAGUAUGUCAUUAUGAAACUGUGACUAUGGCAACAAGAGGCCUGAUUACAUUCAGGACUAGGCCGAGCAUGCAAAGCAGUCAGUGUUAGCAAUACCUGUCUUGUGUACUGGUAGAUCCAGAUCCAGAUGGUGCCACAUAUCCAGUGUCCUCAAGUCAUUGAACAAACAGAAGUGCUAUUUGAUGGUCCCGGAAGGAAGCUGGAGGAGUUACUAUCUGAAAGAAAGAACAAUGACUUGGAAAUGACCAGGAUUUGAUGGCUGAUCUAAAUCACAGUAUUAUUAUACAGUUACCACUUAGUCUUUGUGAAAAUUGACUGAGUGACUGAUAGUCGGUUAAUGACUUAAUAUAGAUAGAGCUUUUAAACAGCAUUUCAGAGGAAGCUGAUUUGCCAGUUGUUAAAAGUUUGUGUAGUUGAGCUGCUGUUGCUGUUGACUGUCAGUCACAAUGCUGCUGCAUUGCACUGAGUCUGGUAAAUGUAAAUGCUUUGAAAGAGGUUUGCAAUAGGACAUUAAUUGAAAGCAUAGUAAAAAGUUCUGAUGUACAGUUAAUCUUUUACUAAACAGGUUUGCCAUUUCAUAGAAAGUUUUUUCUUUAUCUAGUCAAACAAUAUUUGGGAAAGCAAGAAAAUGACGUUUUACAUCAGACAUUUUAAAGUUUGUUUUUGUGACCAAAAUUCAAAUUGGCCCAUCUGAACUUGGUCAUGCAGUUUAGACAGUGUUUCUUUGAGACUCGGAAGGUUCAGUGUCAAGUGAUAAAAAUGGAUUGUGACUGACUGUUCUCACCCAACAAUAGUAACGUGCUUAAUGGAGUAAAAUGGCUGGCCAUUAAACCAUUGCUGAUUAAUCAUAGUAGUCAGUGUUACCUGACUCCAUUUAAAAUUUACUGUCCCCACAGACUCCAACUGCAACAACGGUCUUUUAUUGGGUUUAUAGGAGCUACAGAAUGAAAGGUGCCAGCUAUUUUGUCAGAGGUGGCCAAGAUUAUUAAACCAUCACUUCAUAUCUCCUGACAAUAUUGUCCAAUGCUUUUAAAAUCUGUAUUGAUUGUUUAAUUGAGUUUUUAAAUAUCUCCCUACAAAACUGAUAGAUACACAUUCAAAACCAUGGAUCAAAGGCGUCAAUUGAUUUUUGUAAGUUUUUGGGAUGAAAUUAUGGAUCUUCUUAUGAAAGUGUUUAAGACAAUUGUCUACAAUGAUAUCUAAUUGUACAAAUAUAUUGGUACCGCGGUCGAGUAUACAUGACAGUAACUGGAUUAGAGAGAGUCUUGCUGCAUUGAAGCUGCAAUCAUCGAUAAGCAUUUGGAAGGUUUAAAUAACAACCAAUUGUCAUUUAUUUUGGAAAUGUUCUCCCAUUUCUCUGACCUUUUUGUCUUCCUCUGGAGACUGUACUGUAUCAGUAAAUACUUUAGCAGCUAGA